AGAAGCCUUGGAAACAUUGAAGCAAUGAGAGUGGAGCCCCAAAACCCCAUACAAAAUCUAAAACUAAGACCUGACCUGUGUAACUCACUGCAUCCCGUACAGUGACUGAAGAAGGCACAGGCCUGGGAACAGGAUGAACGGUAUGUCCUGUGAUCAGGGAUGGACUGACAACUCAUGGGGCCCCCGGGCAAUAGGGGAUCAUGGGGCCCCUGUGUCCUUGCCCAAACUCCAAAAUGCCUAUGAAAAAGGCACCAGGGGCAUCUCAUGGGGCCCC